AAAAAGCGAGGCAAAACAAAAAGGAUGCCGUAUUAAACCCGGUUCUCCAUUCUAAGCCGGACCGAAACUCGCCGCCACCUUCCUCCCCUCUCCUUACUAAUAACAACAACAAGCUGUCACUUGUGAGACAAAUACGAACCGUCUUUCAAGCCGGUCAACUCUAUGGAUCAAGGCGGUCAGCUCGAUAACCUCUCCCCUAUACUAUCGGACCAAGUCCUAGUCAACGGCACUGCCGUCCCUCUCACGCUCACCGGCGACGGGAAGCUCCGGUUUUUAGGUAAACGUCAACGGUGCUUGACCUUGGAGAAGGAGGUACUCGGAUUCGCUGUGGAAGAAGGUUCCAGAAUCCGAAUCAAGGCCGUCGUGGAAGAGAGAGAAGGAAUCUGCUGUUGCGGGAACAGGGGAGAUUUGGUGAGGGAGAGCUUUGUGUUCGAGCCUCUAUCAGAAGAUUCACUCGCACUCUGGUCUCAGAAGCUUAGGGAUUACAUUGAUUCUCUAGGUCGACCAAAGAGAUUAUUAAUAUUUUUGAAUCCAUUCGGAGGAAAAAAAUCCGCCACUAAAAUUUUCUCAGAAGAUGUAAAACCUUACCUUGAAGAUGCUGAUAUUCAAAUCACCGUCAUAGAAACUAAGCAUCAGCUGCAUGCAAAAGAAGUCGCCAAAACUAUGGAUUUAUCAAAAUAUGAUGGUAUUGUCUGUGUUAGUGGAGAUGGGAUUCUUGUUGAGGUGGUAAAUGGACUGCUUGAAAGAGAAGAUUGGAGUGCUGCAAUAAACAUGCCUAUAGGAAUGGUUCCUGCCGGAACAGGAAAUGGCAUGGUUAAAUCUUUGCUGCAUGCAGCAGGUGAACCAUGCUGCGUAUCUAAUGCCAUUCUUGCUGUUAUCCGAGGUUAUAAACAUUCGCUUGAUGUAGCUACCAUCUCGCAAGGGAAAACGAGGUUUUUUAGUGUCUUGAUGCUUGCUUGGGGUCUGAUAGCAGAUAUAGACAUUGAAUCCGAAAAAUAUAGGUGGAUGGGGAGUGCUCGUCUCGAUUUCUACGCUAUUCAACGAAUAUUUCAUUUGAGGCACUACAAUGGACGUAUUUGUUUUGUGCCGGCCCCUGGCUUUGAAGAUUAUGGGGAGCCAAUGAGUUAUCAUUGUAAACCUACUGAUGAAGAAAGCCCAAAGCAAGAGGAGUCUUUGAAAACUCAACAGCAUGGAUACCUUGGGUCUGAUGUUAAGUUGGAGGACAUGCAUUGGAGGACUAUUAGUGGACCAUUUGUUUCAGUCUGGCUCCAUAAUGUACCAUGGGGAAGCGAAGAUGUCAUGGCUGCACCAAAUGCAAAGUUUUCAGAUGGUUAUUUGGACUUGAUUAUGGUUAAGGGCUUGCCAAAAUUAGCCUUGCUGUCAAUGAUGUCAAAUAUGAAUGACGGGAGUCAUGUCGAAUCACCGUAUGUUACAUACAUUAAGGUGAAGGCAUUCAUUUUGGAACCCGGUACCCGAGUUGAGGACCCAACGAAGGAAGGGAUCAUAGACUCGGAUGGUGAAGUCAUCGCAAGGGGAAACGUAACGUACAAGGGUAAUCAAAAGCCACUUAUGGCCUAUGAUAAGGUUCAAAUAACUGUGGAUCAAGGUUUGGCUACUCUCUUUGCACCUAAAUAGGGACAUUGUUUUGAUCUUCAAAGUUUCAUAUGAUGAUGGUCGCGGGUCCUUUUACGACUUACGAAUCCAAACCGAUCUGAUUGAAUCGACCGAAUGCCUCUCGUUUCAUACUCAGUUUCAAUUUAAACAAUCUAAAUUUCAGUGUAGCCUUCAAUAUUUUAACUAAUAAUCGCACUCAUAUAUCGAACUUACUUCGUCUGUCAUUUGCUAUUAUUGAUUCUCAAUAAUAAGAUUAAAGGAAGUUAAAUUGUUUA